UAGUACACCACAACACGUUCUACUUUUACAUACGUGUCAACUAAGAGAAUAGUACACUUAUGAUCACAUCUUAAAGCACCAAAAAACAAAGAAACAUAGCCCACCCCUUUGCCAUGCUACUUGGAAAAAAGUAGACAAGUUAUAGGACUUAGUUGACUCUUGAGAAUUGAUUUGAGCCACAGCUACAUAUUUAGACCCACUUGUACAAGUUUUUCUACUACACAAGUACAGAUUCCUUAUAAAAAUCAGUCUCAAACUUUGAUUUUCUACGUUUACUACCAAUAUAAAGUCUUACCAUUCUUCUUUUUCUCCAAAAGAAAAAAGAAUAUCAGCAAUGGAAUCUCUUGUAGUCAUCAGCUUUCUACUGUUCUGCUUAGCUCAAACUUGUUAUGGUGAUGUUCUCUUCUCUUCUCUCCCAAGAACUCUAGUGGUCAGUGCUUCCCCUCUACAAGGUCAAGUAUUGAAGGCUGAAGAGGACAGAAUUACUGGGAAAUGGGGUUUGAAUGAGAGCUUCAAGGCAUCUGGAGUCGGUAUAGAGUACAAGAAUGUGAAAGUGAGUUUGUGUUAUGCUCCGGUGAGCCAGAUAGACCGGGGAUGGAGGAAAACCGUAGACAACUUGAACAAAGACAAGACCUGUCAAUUCACCAUUGCUAAUGGAAACUAUGAUGCUUCUCAGACUAGUCAAAGCUUCGAUUGGCCAAUUGAAAACGAUAUUCCUUCAGCUACCUACUUUGUGAGAGUCUACGCUUACAACUCCUCCGGUGAGGAGGUGGGGUUUGGCCAGACUACAGAUGCUAGUAAGAUCAGUAACCUGUUUAAAAUCCAAGGAAUCAGUGGAAAUCAGGUGUCAUUUGACAUUGCUUCGAUUUGCUUCUCUGCUUUUUCUGUGGUGUCCUUCUUUGGAUUUCUCAUAAUGGAGAAAAGAAAGAAUAAGAGUCCUUCAGAGAACUAAGGUAAUGGCUGCUUAGAUAUAUUGCUGACUUACCUCAAACUUGAAGUGUUCCCCCGUUUGUAGUUUUUCUUAAAACACCCUUCUAUUAUUACAACUUCUGGUUCACAAAUCUCAAGUCAAGCACCUAUUAGCACUUAGCCCGAACACUGUAUACAGUUCACUGUAAUUCUGGAAUGAAAGGAAGAAUGAAAAGUUUUAAAAGCUUACUUAGAUAACUCAUCAUGAAGCAUAAGAUAACAAAAGGAAUCUUUCUAAUUGCAGUUUGAACAGAAAAAUAAAAAUAUUGUAUUUAUACUUUUUUAGCUAAUGAGUUCCCAAA